AUGGCCUGUGAACAGUGGGUAGUAUACUACUCUUGCGGCUGCGAGGUCACUUUGAGACGAGAUACUCCCGACUGCGACGGAAGCUGCGGCGACGACGACACUCUCACCUUCCUUCCUGACCAGAACUCGGAAGACGUCUGCGGAGCCUGUGACCGUGGUCCGGUGUACAUGUCGCCUCCAGCAAGCAGCUCUGAAGCGGAGGACGACGAUGAGGACGAGAACGACGAAGAUGAAGGUGAUGAAAACGAUGAAAAUGAGAACGACGAAGACGAAGACGAGGAUGAUGUGGUAGUCAUAGAUGACGAUGACGAUGAGUAG